AUGUUCGCCUCGGUGGGCCCUCGGGGCGGCCCGCGCCCACCCGUCGCCCCGGCCAUCCCGGAGCCGGACCUGAGCCAUCUGACUGAGGAGGAGAGGAAGAUCAUCAUGGCUGUGCUGGCUCGGCAACGGGAGGAGGAGGCGAAGGAGGAGGCCAUGUUAAAAGAAGAAAAGCCUAUCCAAGCAAGAACGGUGAACCUGGUUGGGCAGAAGAAACCUCCACAGCAAAAUGACGUGCGAGGCAUCCAGCAGCAGUUGUCCAGCUACAGGGAGACGGUAAUCCGGCAGGCCACGGCGGCGGCGGGUUCGGCUGUCCACCGGGAUGACGCGCCAACCUGCGGCAUCUGCCACAAGACCAAGUUUGCAGAUGGCUGUGGGAACUUGUGCUCGUACUGCCAGACCAAGUUCUGCGCCCGCUGUGGGGGGCGAGUAUCCCUGCGAUCCAACACGCAGGACAAAGUGGUGAUCUGGGUGUGUAAUAACUGCCGGAAGCAGCAGGAGAUCCUCACCAAGCCAGGCGAUUGGUUCACUAGUCCGUCUGGAAAGCCUGCUGGCCUCGGGUCAGCUGUCAGUGAGCCAUCUGUGUGCCAAACGCCUGGGGAUAAGAAGCUCCGAUCCCGCUCCCAAGCACCGUCAGGGUCCACCACCGCAAUCCAGGACCCCAACCGACCCAGUGCACCCGGGACCACAACCGUCACUGAUGCACGGUCACGUAGCGAACCACCAAGAGACACAAAUGGACGGGGAGGUGGAGGAGCUGGUCGGGGAGAGCGGCGACAAGGGCAGUUCAGGUUGCAGACCCAGGUCUCCAUGGACCGGGACCUUCGGGGGGAGUCCAGGGAGCGCAGGGAAAGUCGGCGACUGACAAAGGGACACUCUCUGGAGCAUGAUCCUGUGGGAGGAGGUGGCGGAGUUAGACGGACAGACGAAGGGGGCUACCGCCACACAGACCACAACGGUGCGGCCCCCUGCCAAGCAGGGCUGGUCCCUCCUGGAGGCCGAGGACACCCUGUGCCCAUGCAGGGUCGUGGCAUGGGUGUAGGAGGGGAGCUUGGGGAUGGCAUUCGGCCUGGUCAGAGGACGGUGGGUGGGGUUGGUGGGAUGCAUGAAAACAACCUUGCUCAGCAAGCCCCUCCCCCUGAACUCAGAGAGCCUCCUGGUUCGGGACCUGUCUCAGCUCCCGGCCAGGGACCUGUAGUGAGGCGGACCAAACGGGACAAGGCUGAGAGUAUGCUGCGCAACGAUUCGCUAAGCUCUGACCAGUCGGAAUCUCUGCGUCCGCCACCGCCAAGGCCCUACAAGUCAAAACGGGGGCUGGGGGCCGGAGGGAAGAGACAAACCAGCGUCAGCAGUUCAGAGGAGGAAGGAGGGACCACGCCUGAGUACAGCAGCUGUGAAGAUGCUGAGAUUGAAAGUGUCAGCGAGAGAGGUGACUGGGAGUGCUACCCACAUGACCCCACUGUCUGGCAUCAUCCUGUAACCUGGCAGCCGUCCAAGGAGGGAGAUCAUCUGAUUGGACGAAUAACCCUCAGCAAGAGGAGUGCUACAAUGCCUAAAGAAGCUGGGGCUCUGCUGGGAUUAAAGGUGGUGGGAGGCAGAGUAACAGAGUCAGGGAGAUUAGGUGCCUUCAUCACUAAAGUCAAGAAGGGAAGUCUGGCUGACGUGGUUGGACAUCUUAGAGCAGGGGAUGAGGUUUUGCAGUGGAACGGGAAACUGUUACCAGGGGCGACUAUGAAGGAAGUUUACAACAUCAUCCUAGAGUCCCAAGCUGAGCCUCAAGUCGAGUUGGUGGUAUCCAGGCCUAUUGGUGAUAUCCCAAGAAUCCCCGACACGUCCCACCCUCCAUUAGAAUCAACACUCGUUGCAGGUUCCAGUUCUUUUGAGUCACAGAAGAUGGAGAGACCGUCCUUAAAUGUCCUAUCUCCCUCCAGUCCCGGGAUGCUCCAAGAUGCUCCACAGUUAAUGCCAGGGCAACUCUCAGUGAGUGUGUGCACUUUGAGUGUGAAGCUGUGGUAUGACAAAGUGGGUCACCAGCUAAUAGUCAACGUGUUGCAGGCUGUAGAGCUUCCGCUUCGGCCUGACGGGCGGCCCAGGAGCCCCUACGUCAAAAUGUACUUCCUCCCUGACCGCAGUGACAAGAGCAAACGAAGAACAAAAGCAGUUAAGAAGACCUGUGAGCCCAAGUGGAACCAGACGUUUGUCUACACUCACGUCCAUCGCAGGGAUUUCCGCAACCACAUGCUGGAGCUGACUGUGUGGGACCAACCCAGGUCACCAGAGGAAGACAGCACCUUUAUGGGAGAGAUCCUGAUAGAGCUGGAGACGGCCUUACUGGACGACAAGCCUCACUGGUAUCCACUCCAAACCCAUGAUGUCUCAUCCAUACCGCUGCCCCGACCUUCCCCGUACCUGCCCCGACGACACACACACACAGACACCUCUGGCAAGAAGCUGCAGCCAGAUGCGCGAGGCAGGGAGAGGCAACGGGAGCCCACGUCUACUCUGGAGGUUCCAGAGCACCAGAGGAUGCACACCCAUCAUGUACGAUCCCGCUCGGUCUCCCCACACCGUGAGGAGCAGGGCCGCAUCCGGUCACGGCCACCCAAUGUUCCCGCCCAGAGGAGUUUGGAUGAUGAGCUUCCUCAUGCUCGUCGCUCUCGUUCUCCGACCCGCUACUACGAUGCUGCCAAAGGUCGUCACCAGGAUGAAGAGUACCUGGACGACAGUGAGAUCAUCAUGAUCCACCAGUCAUUGCGAGGCAAAAGUGCUGAGUGCCUCCACACCAGAAGAUCUACUAGGCACAAUAACACACUGCCACCUAAGAUGCCACUUUUGUUCAAUGGUAUCCACAAACAUGCAAACAGUGAUCUUCAGCCUUCUCUGGACAGGCUUAGGAGUGCUAGCGCCAACUGUCUGAUUCCAGACAAUCAUGUCCCCUCACCAGAGACUGAAAGAAAAUCUUUGUCACGUUCCCUGCCCCGGAGACGUCCGGCAAGUCCCAGGAUUCUUAUUCAACAUGCUUCCCCUGAGGAUGACAGUGAAUGGAGAAUAUGGAUGCUACUUCCUACUCAAGAGACUUUAAUUCAUCUCAGUACAAAGAAGAGACAGCCUCGGACCCUGGAAAGACCUGAAUGUCAGACUCUUGGCAGGAAGCUCACUGACAGUGGCAGGGGCCAGCUCCAAGGUGGUGCGUCUCUUUCCUCCUCAGCCCGCAGAGUGAGGCAACUCCCACAGCUUCCCCCUAAGAGCAGCACUGUAGAGCAAGGUACGGUAUACACAGAGGAGCGAGUUCGUCAGCUCCAGAUGAGGGUUCAUUCCAACCGGGUUUCAGCUGCCAUCACCUCCAGCCAACAGGACCUGGACAGAGCCCUCAAGAACAAACGAGAGGUGGGCCAUAAAUUUUUUUUUUGGAAUCAUUUAGCUCUGACACUCUACAAGGACCAGAGGAGGAGCAGUGAAAACGUUUCCCAUAAGUCCUCAGACAGUGAUGUCAGUGACGUGUCAGCCAUCUCUCGAACCAGCAGUGCCUCUCGCAUCAGUAGCACCAGCUACAUGUCCAUCCAGUCAGAGAGACCCCGGGGACGCUUCAGCCGGGCCAUGCGUGCAACGGGCCGCCAAAUGAUGAAGAGUACCAGCGUGAGUGGUGAGAUCUACGGCAUGGAGCACGCGGAUGGCAGCCAAUCAGACACAGCGCUGGGGAGCCUGGGGAGUGGGAUCAAGAAGCGGCGCUCAAGCCUCAGCCAACGUGUUGUUGCCAUCCUACCAUCCCGACGUAGCCGGAGUACCUCGCAACUGAGCCAGACAGAAGCGGCGGGUAAGGCGGUGGACAGACAGAAAGAGGUGUUAGCCGGCAAGAAGGUGGGUAAGGCUGGCAGCAGCAGCAUCCAGAGGAGUGUGGAGACAGGCAUGGCGGUGGAGUAUCCACGAGGAGGGACAGCCAUGAACCGGCAGGCCAGCAGAGAGUCGACUGAUGGCAGCAUGAACAGCUACAGCUCUGAGGGGAAUCUCAUCUUCUCAGGGAUGCGGUUGGGUGCCGACAGUCAGUUCAGUGACUUCCUGGAUGGUUUAGGCCCCGGUCAGCUUGUGGGCCGGCAAACAUUGGCUACACCUGCCAUGGGUGAUGUCCAGAUUGGUUUGAUGGAUAAGAAAGGCCAGCUGGAAGUGGAGGUGAUCAGGGCACGAGGCCUUACCCCAAAACCAGGCUCCAAAUCCCUUCCAGCUCCCUAUGUCAAGGUGUACCUGCUGGAUAAUGGAACUUGUAAAGCCAAAAAGAAAACCAAGAUUGCACGAAAGACUCUGGAGCCUCUCUACCAGCAGCACCUGCUCUUUGACGAGAGUCCCCAGGGCAAGGUGCUUCAGGUGAUAGUAUGGGGUGAUUAUGGACGAUUGGACCACAAAUGUUUCAUGGGUGUAGCACAGAUCCUAUUGGAGGAGUUGGACCUCUCCAGCACGGUGAUUGGCUGGUACAAACUGUUUCCGCCAUCCUCAUUGGUGGACCCUACAUUAGCUCCACUCACACGACUGGCAUCUCAGACGUCAUUGGACAGCUCAGGACCGCCGCCGGGCAUUCGGUCCUAGUGACCGGAUGGCGACCGCAAACCCCCUAAUAUCCCUUAAAUGACAGAAUAAUGGACCACAGCUACUGGACCACAGCUGAGCAAAGGGGGAGAACCCGCCCCGAAAACAACAACAAGAAGCCCUCGGCCAA